AUGGAGCACUCGUUCAUCUUUGUGUCAAUAAUAACAACUCAAUUGCUUCUCUUUGCUGAUAUUCUGGCUCAGCCGCUGCCACUGAACAUCGGGAUCAACUAUGGGAGGCUUGGAAACAAUCUUCCAGCUCCAAGAGACGUAAUAAACCUUUACAAUAGGUGUGGAGUUGGAUCCAUCAGGAUUUAUGAUCCAAACCCUGAAGUUCUUGAAGCGUUGAGAUAUUCAAAUCUUCGAGUCUCAGUCGGUACCAGAAAUGAAGAUUUACCGAGCCUUGCUUCAAGCCAAGCUGCUGCAGAUGCAUGGGUUAACACCAAUGUUGCUCCUUACAGCAACAAUGUCAACUUCAAUUGGAUCACUAUAGGAAAUGAGGUAAUCCCGGGACCUUAUGCCACAAACGUUGCACCGGCCAUGAUCAACAUCCAAAAUGCUCUCAGAUCGAUCGGCCUAACCGGGACAAAGGUGACAACAGUCACUUCUUUCGGCAUCAUAGCCAAUUCUUUCCCUCCCUCCGCAGGAACCUUCACUAGUGAGACAACUGAAGUGAUGACAAAUGUGGCAUCCGUUUUGAAGCAAACCGGUGCACCCAUCAUGCUCAAUGUGUACCCAUAUUUCGCCUAUGCCUCGAACCCGGCUGAGAUUUCAUUAGAGUAUGUCGGCUUCAAUGCAAUAACACCAGUUGUAGAUGGGCAAUUCCAGUACUUCAAUCUCUUUGAUUCCAUGGUUGAUGCUUACAAUGUGGCCUUGGAGAAGAUUGGUGCAGGCGAUGUUCCCAUUGUCGUGUCAGAGACCGGUUGGCCAACUGCUGGGAACAGUCCUUUCACGAGCACAGACAACGCCCAAGUGUACAACAUAAACCUUGUGAAUCAUGUCAAGAGGAACGGGACGCCGAGGAAGCCUAGCCAGAUCAUGCACACUUUCAUAUUUGCACUGUUCAAUGAGAAUCAAAAACCUGAAGGGAUUGAGCAAAACUGGGGACUCUACUAUCCCAACAUGAGCCGUGUUUAUGGAUAUCUUGAUUGUUAA